AUGUACGCCGGCCCUGGGUCGUGCCUUCGCCUAGACCUGCAGGUCUUGACACGGGUCCGAACUCAUCCAGACUCCUGGUUUGCCGUAGACACCAUCCUCGCUACCUCACACAGUCCAGACACCAAAUUCUUUGCAUUGAACGUGCUCGAAAACGUCAUCUCCACGCGCUGGAUGGUCUUGACUGAGCCACAGAAAGCCGGAAUCAAAAACUAUGUGGUGCAGCUUGUGAUCAAGAUUUCAGCCGACGAGCAUUUUGCAACCUCGCAGAAGCACGUCCUCACGAAGCUGAAUGAGACUCUGGUGAACAUCGUCAAGCAGGAGUGGCCGCAUGCUUGGGAGAACUUUAUUCCAGAUAUCUGUGGUUCUUGCAAGACGAACCAGCUACUUUGUGAGAACAACCUCCGCAUCUUAAAUAUGAUGAGCGAAGAGAUCUUCACUUUUGGGAAGUCGCAGAUGGUGUCCAAGAAGGUGGCGAAGCUGAAGGAAUCGCUGAACUCACAGUUUGCGGCCAUUUACGCCUUUUGGCAUCAUGUUAUGAUCUGUCAGUUUACGCUGCGGAAGAAAAUCCCUGCAAAGUUCAGGUUCCUGCAAGGCCAUGUUCAGAGCCCUGGCUCCGUGAAGCCAUCCCUGAUCACGACAACCCUCAGCACCCUUGCAAAUUUCCUUGAGUGGAUCGCGUUGGCUUUCAUUUUCGAGACCGACCUCAUCCAGAUACUGUUGUUGCACUUCUGGGAUCCAUUGGAGUAUCGCCUGGACUGUGCCCGAUGCCUCAACGAGAUUGCUUGCCUGCACGAGGGGGUUCAGCAAUACCAGCCGCAGAUUAUCCAGUGCUUCCAGGGCGUGGUGGAGAAGAUCCAGCAGCUGCCAGAGAACAUCAACGAGGCUUGUGCGAACCUCCCGGGCCCCCAGCGCGUUUUCUGGGAGGUGUUUCACAACCAGGUAGCCCUGCUCUUGACUGGAUUCCUCAAGCACCACAUGGCUGCUAUGGAGGCCCAGAGCAGGUACAUGAUCCCGGCCCUGAACUACCUCGUCAGGAUUUCGAUGGGCCCCAACGAGGAGACCUUCAAAAUCUGUGUUGAGUUCUGGCAAACUUUCAGCGCACGGGUCUACUUGGAGAACCAAGCACCCCAGUUGGGCCAGAUGCAAGCGCCGUUGCUUAUGGACGGACAUCGAGAUAGCCAACGUGAGAAGCUGAAGCUCUACGCGCCGGUCCUGGCCGAGGUGCGUCAGGUGCUGAUCUCGAAGAUGGCGAAGCCUCCAGAGGUCACCAUUAAGGAGAACGAGGAAGGCCACAUUGUGCGUGUAGAGGAGGAGGAUACCGAUGAGCUAGCGCUGUACAAGAUGAUGCGCGAAGCCCUGAUCUACUUGACCCAUCUGGACUCCAGCCACAUGGAGCGCAUCGUGCUACAACGAGUGGCGCAGGAGUGUUUGGAGAGGAAGGACAUGGAGAAGUGGAUCCCCACGAACCUGAACCGCCUAUGCUAUGCCAUCGGCUCCAUCAGCGGUGCCAUGCAGGAAGUGGAUGAGCGAAGAUUCGUGGUCUCGGUAAUCAAGGACCUGCUGAGCCUUUGUGACAUGAAGAAGGGGAAGGAAAACAAAGCUGCGGUGGCGAGCAACGUCAUGUACGUGGUGGGCCAGUACCCACGGUUCCUUCGGGCGCAUUGGAAGUUUCUGAAAACUGUGGUCUUCAAGCUCUUCGAGUUCAUGCACGAGACCUUUCCCGGGGUCCAGCAGAUGGCAGUCGACACUUUCCUGCGGAUCUGCCAGAAGUGCAAGAAGAAGUUCAUCACGCAGCAGAACAACGAGCCCGCACCCUUCAUCGAGACCAUGCCAAGUCACAUCGCUCAGGACAUAUCGGAACUGGAGCCUUUGCAAAUCUGCACUUUCUUCGAGGCUGUCGGGCACAUGAUCAGCGCUGCCUCGUCGGACCAGAAGGUUCGCUUGAUUGCACUCCUCAUGGGCCUCUUCAAUGAUAAAUGGGCUGCCAUACUGAGAGGACUUUCUGCCACCGGGUCCUUGGAAGCCUUCGUGCAGAACCAACAGGUCUUGCGGGAGAUCUCUUUGAUCCUCCGGGUGAACGAGCGCAUGGUCGUCGCCAUCGGCACGGCAUGUCACGCGCAGCUGGCAGGCAUCUACGGCGACAUGCUCAAGAUCUACAAGGUCUGCAGCGAUUUCAUCUCCCACAGCACUGCGCAACAAGGGGCGCAAGUCAUGAAUCUGGCAAACGUGAAGCUGCUGCGGAAUGUGAAGCGUGACACGCUGCGGCUGGUCCGCUCCUUCGUGGAUGCAGCUACCCCGCAGGGUGCUGCAGAGGUGCGGUUGACACCUGCGCAGAUUGCACAACGCUUUGUCCCGCCGCUGCUGGAGCCGGUUCUGGCAGACUACCGCAGCAACAUGCCACAGGCACGCGACGCGGAAGUCUUGGAUCUGCUCACCGUCCUGGCGACAAGGAUACACGACUCCAUCUCGCAGGAAGUCGGCCGGAUCUUCGAGAUGGUGCUGGAGUGCACGUGUGACAUGAUCAAAGGCGACUUCCAAAGCUAUCCGGAUCACAGGGUGAAGUUUUACGACUUGCUGAAGGCCAUCAAUGCGAAUUGCUUCCAGGCCCUGUUCUACUUGCCGGAGGCCCAGCUCAUCCUCUUCGUGGACUCCCUGAUUUGGGCCAUGAAGCACGAGCAGCCUCAAGUGGCCGACAGCGGCCUCCAGGUCCUCUCCCAGUUCUUGGAGCGACUCUUGAAUGGUCCAAGCAGCAUUUAUGUCCCCUUCUUCAAACAGUACUAUUUCCUGAUCCUGCAAGCCGUAAUCGGUGUUCUCACCGACACUUCCCACAAGAGUGGCUUCAAGCUGCAGCAGCACAUCUUGCUGCAACUCAUCGUUGCGGCUGAGAAUCAGAUGCUCAGUGAUGCAGCACCAAAGCAGCGUGUGAUGGAGUUCCUGUUCGAGCUGAUCGGCAAGUCUUUCCCGACGCUGAACAAGAGCCAGGCGGAGAUCUUCGUGCUGCAUUGCUUCAACAAGUCGCGGCAGCCCGUUGAGUUCCAGCAGCACAUACGUGACUUCCUGAUCCAGCUGAAGGAGUGGGGCAGCCACGAGUCAGCGCUGUACGAGGUAGAGCGACAAUCGGCACAGGACGAGCAGCAGCAGCGGGAGCGUCAGUUGCGGAUGCAGGUUCCCGGGCUGGUUCCACAGUACGAUCCCAGCCGCAACGACAUGGACGAUCUCUGA